GUCAUGAACAUACACGCAAGGGCUCUCACUAUCCGUUCUGCUCGCUCAUGGCGUCCUCUUCAGCCCUGUCGAAGUCUUGCAGCUAAUCGUGUCUACAGACGGCAUAACUCAACUCAGCAAUCUCUGCCAAGAGGAAACGACAAGUCUGCCGUCGGGGUAUUCACUCCAAAGGCAGCCAUAGUCUUCGUGCUUACAGGCGUCGGUCUCUACUUCUACUUCAAUCACGAAAAGAAGAAGUUACAGGAGCAGAAGAAGAAAGAACUUGAAUCCCGAAAAUGGGGCAAAGCAGCCGUCGGAGGUCCAUUCGAGCUCACCACACACAAGGGCGAACCGUUCACCGAGAAGAACCUACUUGGGAAAUGGUCUCUGGUGUACUUUGGCUUCACGAACUGUCCGGACAUCUGUCCCGAAGAGCUCGACAAGAUGACAGAAGUCGUAAACGUCCUUGACAAGCAAUACGGACCCAUCUCCCAACCAAUCUUCAUCUCCGUCGACCCCGCACGAGACCCUCCCUCCCAAAUCGCACUCUACCUACGCGACUUCCACCCCCGACUCAUCGGUCUCUCAGGAACCUACGAACAAACUCGCGCUGUCUGCAAAGCCUACCGCGUCUACUUUAGUACACCCAAAGACGCUCAGCCCGACGGGGACUACCUCGUUGACCAUUCCAUCUACUUUUACCUUAUGGAUCCUGAAGGCGAGUUUGUGGAGGCGUUUGGGAAGGUUAAUACAGUUGAGGAUGUUGUGAGGAAGGUGCAGGAAGAGGUUGGGAGGUGGGAGAAGGAACAUGGAGGGAGCAGAACAUAAAGCUUGAUUAAUAUGACUCCCUUGGUGGAGUGAAGAAAUUGCAUUGCAUUAGGACCUAGUUCAUUCAUACACACACCACUCUGUCUGUCGU